GGCUUGCCUCUGACCAAAAGCAUGUGCCUUGCUCCUCCAACAGCUCAAGUUCUCCCUCUUCCCUUCUCAUUCAGAGGCGCCAUUCCCAGAGGAAGCUGACAUAGAGCGCCAUUGUAGCAAGGUAAAGGAUAAGAAAGCUCUCUGGCUGAAGUCACUAUUUGAGGAACACCACCAUCGAGUUCUAGUGCUCCUUGUGAGGGAAUUGCCAAAGGUUGCAACUUUGCAGAUUUCACCUCGCGCUAGUGCUGCCAGGUACUCCGGUGUUGAAGAAGUUCUGAUUACAGUCUUGAGACUUUGCAACGAUGUCGGGAGCUUCACUUGCUGCUGGGGACACCAUUGAAGAUGAGAAGUAUGGAAACAUCAGGGCUGACGAGAAGCCGGCAAAGGAGGGCACUUUCAUGGACAUGCUGGUCAAGCCUUUGAGAACCCCACUGACUCUCAUUCACACGCAGCUCAUCUGCUUCUCGGCUGUGCUGGUAGCAAGCGGGGCCGUGCCAAUUCCCACUCUUCUGUUUCCGCUGCUUGCGACUCUCUACAUAGUCCUCAUGGCAGUGCUGAUUUUCACGCCUGUCGAUUCAAAGAGACCCCCGGCCAAGCUGUUUGAUGGAGACAAGCGGUUUGAGAUAUACACCGUCUUCGAGACAAUCAUAGCGCUGAUCCUUCCUGUUGGGUACAUUCUGGGUGCAUUUGUUAGAGGAGAUUCGAAAGCUGUCGCUGCUGCUGCCCCUCACAUGUACCUGCUCAGCAGCCAGAUCUUGACUGAGAACUUGGCCAAAGCCAUGGGCUCUCACAUCUCCCUGCCGAUCCGCGCGCUCGUCCCUGUCCUCUACAACUCCGCCCGGCUGCCCUCUCUCAUGAACUGGGCCAGGGAGGCAUUCCGUCGGGUGCCUGUGGCCAUUGGAACCGACCACCUUCAUAAGAUGGAGAAACUGGCAAAGAUGACCGUCCUGGGGGGCCGGUUGAGAGACGCUGGCUGGGCCUGGUUUGGCAGGGGAUUGGCUGCGCUAAACCUGGUGUUCUGGACCGCAAACCUGUUCUUCUUCCUGGUGCCCCUAUUUGUCCCCCGGGCUAUGAAGGCGCACUUCUUGGCGGAGAGUGAGGCGGGCGCCAAGCCAAGCGUGGUCCUGCCGAAGCAGUUGCACGAACAGGAGAAAGCGCAAGAGCGGAUGAUGUCUCCAGAGGACAAGGCGAAGGCGGCAUAAGGAAUGAUAAGACAGAAAUUGAGCUUCUGAUGAAGAUGUCGAGGCAUAGAGCUUGCCAGUGCAGCUGAAUGAUAAAUAUUUUGGUUGCAAUGGGUGUAGUCAAUCCUGUACUAUACAACUAGGACGGUCAUGCACUUUGAAGCGUGCUUAGAAGGUUUCUUGGCUGCGAGAUCAAGGAAUAUGCAUCGGUCGAUCUCUGCUGAAUCUUGUUGCAAUCGCUCGAUGUUAAUGUUAGGCUUACUUUGUUGGGUCGGAACCAUGAUUGAUAAUCAUUAAGCACGGAGUUUUUAUCAUGUAUGCAGCCGAAGUGUUGAGAUGGAAAUUGUUAUGAUGGACUGGAAGCAUUCAGCGCACAGUAACACGUGCUUUCAU